CUCACCUUCCAAAAACCCUAAUGGCAAUGACAACGGUAUUCAAAUCGUUUUGAAAACUGUAAUCCCUCUUCGCAAGAGAGAGCCGAAUCCAUCUAAAAGAAAUCCAGUCCCAACAAUGAGCAGCUGGAAGGAGUUGAGAGUUGCAGAUACCAUAUAUGAAGAAGAAUAUGAACAUUCUUCUUCCCCCCCUUCUCUUUCUCUAUCUGAUCCUUCUUCUCCUCCAACACCCCUCCACUCUAGAGUAGAGUCAUGGUCACUGGCGACAGGGCGAAAAACGGAUGUCUUGAUCUAUGUCAAGGGAACUUGUUUCCAUCUGCACAAGGAUCCGCUGACAUCAAGGAGCUCUUAUUUAAGACGUCAACUGGCGGGUCUCUCCGAAAUAACCCUGACAUUAAACAUAACGCCCGAAACAUUUGCCCUAGUAGCAGACUUCUGUUAUGGCACCCACGUUGUCAUAACGCCGUUCAACGUUGUUCCAUUACGCAUAGCAGCUGAGUUACUUGGCAUGACGGAGACGAACGGGAAACAUGAGCAGAACUUGAAUCAGAUAACGGAAACGUAUUUCCUUCGGGCCAUCACCUUUGAGAGGGAGUUAGUGAGGGUUAUUUUCUGCUCCUGUUUGCGUUUGCUUCCAGAGGCUGAAACGACAGCGUUUUUGGUCAGUAGGUGCGUUGAAGCAUUAAAUUCGACGGGAGAGAGCGAUGAAAUGCUGGAUGGUUGUGUUGACGACGUUAUAAACCUGGCAACCGACGAUUUUCAAAUAGUCGGUGAGUGUAUGCAAUGUAGGUUUGAGAGCCAUGACGCGCUGUAUAGGAUUGUGGACCUUUACAUUCAGGAACAUAGUAGCACGAUAACAGAAGAGCAGAAGAUUGAAAUCUGCAAUUUCAUAGACUGUGAUAAGCUCUCAACUCAAUGUCUCAUACAUGCAGUGCAAAACCCUAGACUGCCUUUAAGAUUCAUUGUACGAGCCAUGUUGGUCGAGCAGCUAAACACUCGCCGGACAGUCUUGACAACCCCCACCACAGCUAAUCACCAUUAUACACGCAGUCAUCAAACUGGAGGCUCCAUGACUCUGGGCUCAAUCCUCCGACGAGAUGCAGCAGUACGAGAAGCAGCUCAACUCAAGGUAGAAAUGGACUCUACAAACUCACGAAUUGAGAGCUUGGAAAAAGAGCUGUCUCGCAUGAAAAAGCUUUUGCGAAAGUCUGAAAAGAAAAGAAGUUUAAUGGAGAAGAAGCCUCUACAGAAGUCAGAGGUGGAGACAAGUGCGGUGAUGAAGGAAAAGGGUUCGCAUAAAUCUGAGAAGCUUUUGCUUGAAUCUGAAGAGGAAAUUAGAAGAGUUCUGGAGUCAAGCAUGCAUAAAAUUUCGCACAAGUCUGUAAUGGAAGAAAGAAGUUUGGCAAAGUCGUCAUCUAGGUCUGCGAGUUUCCACCAUGAAUUGAGGGACGCUAAUAAGAUAGAAAAAGGUGAAAGAGGAUCUGCUUCUUUUUCCGGGUUUCGGCCGCAUUUUGGGAGAGAGAAAAUGGAAGGGUCUUCACGUUCAAAGUUUACCGGUAAUGAAUGUCCACGAACUUCCAAGAAUAAUAUAAAUGGCAAGGGAUUGAUUGACAGAUUAAAACGCACAUUAUGGGUGUCCAAAUCCGAUUCCAAGUGCAACGGUAAAUAUACAAAUACAAAUGAUGGAAAUGGAGAAAAAGACGUUGGCGUGACCAAAGACGAAGCUCCAUUUCACAAGAGGACUCGCUCUACUGGGUAGCUCUUUUGUUUUCUUGGCUUUCUACCCCCUUAAGUUCUUGAUUUUUUUGUCUAAUCCAUUUAAUUCCUAACAUAAACGAAUAGGCUUCCAUUUAAGAUCUAGAUUUGUAAUGUUAGUGGAUAUAAAAGUAGUUUUCUUCUUCUUC